CCCCUGACGUCACUUCCGUAAACAAAGGGCGCUGCGGAGGCGCGGGUCCCGGGAUGUGAUUGUGAGCAAGGAUCUCGCUGCAGCUGCGGCAGUGGCCUCCGGACGCUCGGGGACGUUUUUUGCAGGUCUUAAGACAUUGCCCUUGGUACAGCAAGGAGCUUGAACAAUGGAAGAGCGGAAGGUGAAGAGGAAGAGUCCUAAGUCUUUUAGUGCUCACUCGACUCAGGUUGUUAAUACCAAAAAAAAUGCCAUUCCCGUGAGUAAAAGUACAGGGUUUUCACAUCCCAUAUCGCAGUCAACCUCUCAGCGGCCAAAGCUAAAAAGAGUGGUGAGAGAAAAGAGCAGGCCUCAGGGAGGAGAGAGCAAAGGCGCUCAGGGCACUCCGAUCCAGCACUCCUUUCUGACGGACGUCUCCGACGUGCAGGAGAUGGAGCGAGGGCUCCUCAGUCUUCUGAACGAUUUCCACUGUGGGAAAUUGCAAGCAUUUGGAAAUGAGUGUUCCAUAGAACAGAUGGAGCACGUUCGGGGAAUGCAGGAGAAACUAGCUCGCUUGAAUCUGGAGCUCUACGGGGAGUUAGAGGAACUACCGGAGGAUAAGCGCAAAGUAGCCAGUGAUGCCAACCUGGACAGGCUUCUGUCUGAUUUAGAAGAAUUGAAUUCUUCUAUACAAAAGCUCCACCUGGCAGAUGUACAGGACGUGCCAAACACUUCCACCAGCUAAAUGGACCUGCGCCCUUGCUCGGGAUGUGCAGAGAAAGCAGCAUUCUUUCCUUGUCCAGCCAAAGCCGCUAGCAGAGUCAUCUUCCGCAAUAGAAAUUAAAGUAAUUAAAGUACAAGUGCCAUGAUUGCUUCCACGUACUGCUUCUAGUAACUCCGCUCGCUUUAACGCACUGUGACUGGAGGGCCAGGCGGCCGCGCAGGUUGAAUCAGGAUCUGGGAUGCUGAGCCCUCCUGCUGUGCUUGCUGCUGUUGCCUUACCGGGUUAUACUUGAAAUGCAUCGUGCUGAAUGUUUGUUCUUGGGGGGCUGAACGUCCUUCCUCAGCUCGCCUCGCUUCCUCCACUCGGUGGGUCACCGGUGGGGGUGGGCAGGCCUGUGUGGCGGUUUACGUUAAACAAUCAGUACACAUGCAGGUACGUUUUCCUAUGGCCAGUGAUGAAAUGUUCAGUGAGUAUUUGUGAGAUUUGCUAUUUUUAAUAAAGUGAUCGUUUUGAAUUA